UCCAGUGAAGUUACUCUGAGCACAACACAUCCUUUUAUCGCUGUAUUACUGUUGAUUUCUUCAAAUGAAAAUCCACCGUUGCGGCCGUUUGCAAUAAUCACCCGAGUGUCGAGUAACAGAUAAGAGUAAAACCUGCCGGACAAGUUCACCACUGCUUGGAUUUAAAACAACUGUAACGCACAUCUGAGCUCACAUGCAUGAUGUGUGGCAUCACUCAGGAAGUGGUGAUGAAACAACAAAGGCACAAAAGCAGAAGAGUGUCUGGCACAGGAGCAGACAGACAGAAACACUGAAAAUUCAACAGAGAGACGGCAUGAGUGACACCAUGACAAGCAACUGCUCAUUUGAAGAGGUGGACCACCUGAUGAGAUACUUGGAGCUGAUCAUCUACAUGCCCAUAUUCCUCAUCGGUCUGCUUCUCAAUGUGGCUGCCCUCCUGGUGUUCUGCUUCUUUCUGCGGAAGUGGACCGAGUCGACCAUCUACAUGACCAGCUUGGCUCUGAUGGACCUGCUCCUCCUCUUCCCUCUUCCCUUCAAGAUGCACGCCACCAAUCACCUCUGGCCGUCCCACCUCCAGUCGCUCUGCUCCGUCCUGGAGAGCCUCUACUUCAUCGGGAUAUACGGCAGCAUCUACACCAUAAUGUGCAUAGCCGUGGAUAGAUGGGUGGCUAUCUGUCACCCGUUCAAAGCCAAGCAGCUGCGUUCACCCAGAGCGGCUCUGUGGAGCUGCGUGGGGAUCUGGGCGCUGGUGCUGGCAGCAAUCUCUCCAACCAUCUACAGAUUCAGGCAGGGCAGCCAGGCAGACUUCCACUGCUUCCACGCCUUUUCCAAGAAAGGCUGGAGCCCUCAUCUGAUCGUCUGUCUGCAGGUGUUUGGCUUCCUGCUGCCUGCUCUGGUGGUGAUUUACUGCUCACUUCAGACCAUCUGGGCUCUCCGGCAGUCCGGCCAGCGCAGCGACCGGAGCCGGGCCUGUGUGAAAAUCAUCUACAGCAGCCUGAGCGCCUUCCUGCUGCCCUUCACCCCCAGCCACUUGGGCAUCCUCCUGCAGUUCCUGGUGCACCAGGGGGUGAUCCAGGACUGCGGCACCAAGACCAGGAUCAGCCUGUUCAUCCAGAUCGCCAUGUGUCUGUCCAACAUCACCUGCUGUCUGGACGCUCUGUGCUACUACUUCAUCGCCCACGAGGUGAGGAGCACCAAACACAGCUUCAGGAUGUCGCUGACCCAAAGAAGAGCCACCAACAGCACUUCAGAGGUCUGAACACGGGACUAAUAUAAAGCAAGUUAACAUACAGUUUGACCUCAGAUGACCUCUGGUAGUGAAUACACGAUCUGGCAUCCUGUUUUAGGGCCCACAAAGAGCUGCUGGUGGUUCAGGUAGCCGAUGAGGCACGCACUAAGACUAGCAGGUGGAAAGAAGCAGGUCAGAGUGCAAUUUCAAAAUAACCGCCAAGCGGAAAGCAGAGCUAUGUGAGCUGGUCCAGCAGCAGGAAGCCAGCAGGCGUCUCUGUAACCUCAGAGAGCUCUGAUACCCAAAAAGUAAGCUGCAAAAAGAAAAUCCAGCAUCAAGCCACAAUGUGACAUGGUUCUCACAAGAACUAAGGGAGACAGCUCAAAGCACUCUCAGGUCACUGAGUCCUGAACACUGACGAUGAGAGAUAAACUGACGUGUGUGGUGAUUCAUUUUAAGGCUGUAAAAGCUGCAGCUCACUGCAGAGGUUUGUUGUUCAGAUCCUCAGAAAUGAAGUCAGAGAUUAGUUGAAGGAGCUGCUAUUUAUUCUGAAGCUCUUGUUAAAAACAAGACAACCAGAUGGUUCAGACCAAGCCGUUUCAUUGUACACUUGGUAAAUUACGAAACGUAUUAUAUUAUUUUAUAUUAUGUGUAGAAUUAUUCAUGCCUUAAAAGACGCAACUGAUUACUGAAAACAUUACUCAUAAAGCAUAAAUAAAGAAUUUGUAAUAAAUGGAAAUUUGUAUUAAAAGUCAACUAGAAAUAAGUAAUUAAUUUAAAUGAAUUUGAGAAAAUAAAUGAACUAAACUUACAAUUUGAUUAAAAUAUUGAUUUAAAUCUUUCCUUAUCAAGUACAUGAAUAAAUCCACAUCGACAGCACCAACACAGAAAUGUAAAAAUGAAUUAUGGAUUGAUAAGAUAAAAUUAGUAGCACAAAAAAAAUGACUUAUUAAUAUUUUUCUAGCUUAAAUGUUGAUCUGCUCUAACUGUAAAUGUCACAUCAAAUUUACAUAAACUAAUAAAUUCAAUGUAUUGUGCUUUUUUUUAAAUUACAGAAGUAAGAUUUAUUUCUGUAUUCACCUAAUAAAUCAUUCAUUUAAUAAAGCCUGAGGCCGAGUAGCAAAGAUUUUCUAACUUGUGUAGAUAUUAAAUUGAAUCUUGAACUUUUAAUGCAAACCCGAAUAGUAUUCAGGAUUCUACUCUUCUACUCGACACAUUUCUAAUAAUGAACUUUUGCAGUUUUACAGGUACAAACUGACUGACUGCAUGUUUCUUAUUGUCUUCAACUUAGACUCUUCUUCGUGUAUACACUGUAUGUGACGUGUUGUUGCUCGUGACAUAUGUAAAUAUUAUGUACAUAUACUUCAUCUAAAAUGUUCAUAGAUUGUUUUUAAAUGUAUCUUUAGAGGUGCAAUAAUGUUUUUUUUUAAUUGUUAUAAGUCAAGUGUGACAGGCAGACAGCCUAUGCGCUUCAAGAACGUUUUGAUUUUAGUAUGUUCACGCGGGGGCAUUUGAUUUAUGCAGAGUCAAACCUAAACCCAAGUGAAGUAAAUGAAGCUCCCGAAGGCGUUUACAGAAUUUACUGGGCAUUAAUGCUGUUUUUAUUGGAUACAAUAAUCAAUGAAAAGCUAUUUUCUAAAACCAGAAACAAGACAUGAAACUAUCGCGUGCCGUUUUUCUUGCAUUACUCGGGUCUCGAUUCUUUCAUUUUGCACUAGCAUUGUCAUUGUCGAGUUUCAGUCUUAUGUGUUUGUCCUCAGUUCUGUUUUGUUUUUCAGUUAUUUUCGUUCCUGUUUCUGUCUUUUUAAUAAUAUUCCAUUUUUUUUUAAAAAAGGAAAUUGUUUUUGUGAAGCCACCAAGUGUCUUGAUCUGAGUUUGUUUUUUCCGUUCUGUUUUGCAAUAAAGUAAAACAAAGAAAGUGAUGUAAAAUUA